GCAGGUAGUAAUUUUCUUCUCCCAAAAUUUUAUCUUUGAAAUAUAUUUUGGCUUGGAUUACCUAUGCCUGGUAAUGGAAUUGGGGACAGGAUCCAUAAUUUCCUUGGCCAAGAGAGUUUCUCCCAGGACCAGCAUCAAUCACAGGUUGGCUUAAUUAACAGUUUGUGGGUUGGAAUCCAGAGACAAGUUGGUGGACCUCUUGUUUCCAGUUUGAAAAAUUCAAGUGUUCAUCAAUUAGAGCCUGACAGAGGACAUAGUGGUCAGUCUUCAAGCCUGCUGCAUGGGCUGAACUUCACAAAAUCAGGUCCAAGGCCUGAAAUUGCUAGAACUCAAUCAAAAAACCAAUCAUCAAUUGCAAAUGGCUAUAAUCAAGGGCAUCAGUCUUUCCAGGCAAGGCAGAAGGAAACAAACUUAUUGGGAGUGGAUAUGGCACCUAGAAGUUUAUCAGUUCUUGAUUCACCAAUAGGAAAUGGCCCUGAUUUUCAUCAAAAGAAUCAAUUGAGGUUGGAAUCCACUGAAUCUCGCAAAAAUUAUGAAUUUUUUGGAGCACAACAACAGAUUAGUGGACAGCAUCCUGUCCAAUCAUUGAGGCAGCAAUCAGGAAUGACUGAUAUGCAGCUGCUACAGAAACAUGCUAUAUUGCGAGAAUUACUGAGACAACAACUUCCAAAGUCACAUUUUCACCUACCAGAAACAAGGCAGUUGAGCUCUACGGAUCAGGUUUCCGCUGUUGCUAGACAGGUAUCAGAUGGUCUCUGUCCAGUUCCAAUCAAUGGUGUUCCUGUCCGUGAUGCUUUAAAUUAUACCUGGCAGCCUGUGUACAUGUCACCAAAUGCAAAUUGGCUACAACAUGGUGCCUCUUCAGCCAUGCAGCGAUCCUCUGGUGGACGUAUGUUUUCCCCUGAGCAAGGCCAGAAGCAUUUGAUGGGUUUGGUUCCUCAACAAGUUGAUCAAUCAUUUUAUGGGAUUUCUACGGGUAGUGCAAGUGGAAUUCCACAUCAGUACUCUUCUCUCCAACUGGAUAAGGGUUUAAUGCAGCAGGUGCCAGCCAGCAGUAAUUCCUUUCCAGGUAAUCAGUAUGCUAUGUUUUCAGAUCAAGUUGGCUUGCAAGAUGGAACUUUGGUUUCUAGACAAGGUGAUCAGGAUAAAAAUGUAUUUGGUGCUGUGACUGCUCAAGGUUUAAAUAGUCUAUUUCUUUCAGAAAACUUACAGCAAACGAUUAUCCGGCCAAAAAAUGCAGUGAUGCAGGAGUCUCCCCAGAGGAGAGAUCAUUGCAGUCCUCCAGAAACAUCCCUGGAGAAGUCAGCAAUUCAGGUUUCCUCCUCCCAGAAUGUGGCUACACUGGACCCAACUGAAGAAAAGAUUUUGUUUGGUUCAGAUGACAGUAUGUGGGAUGUCUUUGGAAAGAGCACCAACCUGGGUUCAGCGUUGGAUAGUACAGAGUCUUUAGGGGGAUUUCCUUCUCUGCAAAGUGGAAGUUGGAGUGCUCUUAUGCAGUCUGCUGUAGCAGAAACAUCCAGUAACGAUAUAGGGGUACAGGAAGAGUGGAUUGGUUUAGAUUUGCAGAAUUGCGAACCUCCAAGUGGAAGCAUGCCAGCAUCAAUUUUCAAUGAUGGCAGCAAACAGCAAUCCCCUUGGGCUUAUGACAACUUCCACAAUGCCUUGACACUGAGCUCUAAACCUUUACCCAUGUCUAUAGGUGUCAAUAUCAAUCUUGACUUUUGUAGUGUUUCUGAGGUUCAGCAAUUAGGAGCCCAGAUUGCAAAUGAACAGACAAGGAGAAUGAAAAAUGAUUCCCCUCGUAGAUUUGUUCAACAAUCAACAGAAGAACGAAGCAAAUGGUUAUAUCAGAGCCCUCAACAAAAGCAUGUAGCUGAAAGUGUUCAAUGCUUAGGGAAUGUUGCUCAGGGUCCUAAUGUGCAAGUAAGUGCAAAGAGCAUUUCAAAUUCCCAAGGAAUAGCUGCAUAUGAUCCUCGUGGUCAGAUUCACAAUAAGCCAAACAACUGGAACUUCAUUGAAUCUGCAUCACAUGGUGGUGGUGCCAUUGCAAAAAGUCGAGAUACUGAAAGCUCAUUGCAACGUUCUCAGAAUAAUGAUAACGGAGGUUCUAUGUAUGCGACAGGUCAUGGUUCUGCUCUUGAUCGUCCUGUUCCUUAUUCUAAUAUUGAAUCACGGAAUGUGAAUUCUGGCUUCGGAAGCCCAGAAGUGAAUAAGGAAGGUUUUGAUCAGGGCAACAUUGCCGCAAUAACAGAUUCAAGAACAAGACGGGUCACCAAUGAGAGUAGCCAGCAACUUCCAAACAGCCAAAAUCUUAUUCUCUGGAGAAGUAUUAAUUCUAAAGUAAACUCUGGACAAAGCGGGGUGCAAGCAGAAUAUCAGCAAAAUCUGUAUAAGAUCCCUCAAACUUUGGAUUCAUCUGGAAAUAAUUAUUUGGAGAAGGGAGUGUCUGAAACAAAUAUGGAUAACCUUAGUGUAAAAGAAAACUCAAGUGACAGUAUUCGCUCUAACUUAUCCCAGCAUACGUCCACCAGUGGCAUUAGAGACAAUGUCUGGUUAGAUGCGAAUGAUCCACUGGGAGGAAAACAGAAGUCAUCUGUUCAAGCUAGUCAUAAGCCUUAUAGAACCUGUAAAUUUCAGUAUCAUCCUAUGGAGGAUCUGGAUUCAGAGGUUGAACCUUCUUAUGGGCAGUCAAAAUAUACUUGUCAUGCUGCUGGAGAGUCUACAGACACUGAGAAGGGCAUUCAAGCAGAUGAGGUACCUUCCAAAAGUUCAAACCGUUGUUCUGCGCCUGAGAAAUCUUUUGUUGGUUUUGUGCCAAACAAGACAGCACCAAUUAGUAAAAAUAUGUUAGAGCUUUUUCAAAAGGUCGAUCAGACAAGGGAACAUGGUACUGCAACACACUUAAGCUCUUCUGAUCGCAAUCAAUCAUCUGAAAUGCCAGAUGCAGAAACUUCUGAUGGAUCAGUAGGCCAGUUCGAGUAUAAUAAACCUUCUGCAUCUCAGGGUUUUGGUUUAAAACUGGGUCCUCCAUCUCGAAGGUUCACUGUUCUGGAUCAAGUAAUUUCAUCUGAGUUCUCUGCAAGGAGUUAAUUCUUUAAAUUCGGUUCAUGUCUCUUCUGAGUUAGGAAGGAAGGAUCAUACAUGGGUGGGUCCAACAGCUUCUAUUCAGUCCUCAACUCAUGGAGCAACCCGUGAAGAUACUAGGAAUAAAGGCUCACAACAUAAUA